AUGAAUAACGAUGACAUACUCACAAACAGACCUGAUAAGUCUUCUCAUAAAACACGGAUAAUGGAGAAACUUGAAAAAUACAACCCAUCAUUAGUAUUAGAAAAUAAAGCAAGUGUUGCGAGAGAUCAUUUAGCCAACGAAAGAACCUUCCUCGCAUGGCUUAGGAUGUCUCUUUCGUUCAUAAGCAUUGGAAUAGCAAUCACACAAUCUAUAUUAAAACUCGAUUCAAAUAAGGAUGAUGAAGCUAGUAAAAGGCUAGGAAUAGCUUUUAUAGGGUUUGGGAUUAUUUUUCUUGGAUUGGGUCUCUUUAGAUAUUUUAAUUUCCAAAAACUUAUGACACAAGAUUGUUUCUCUAAUAGUAUAGAUAGAUCAGAUUUAGACAAUAGAGAAACAGUUCUUACAGAUAGUACGGAUAAUGGCGUGGUGUGGUGGUGGUAG